UCGGUGUGGUACCGAACAAGUACGCUCGUUUGUUGUAAGAGGGUACAGCGUGGGUUGGUCCACCAACGAAUUUCUGCGAGAUUUGAGGGUGAAUUAUCUGUGUUUUUUUCCGCGAACGUGUGCGCGCCCCGUUUCGGAUCACAUGUGGAACCCGGUGCGUGAAUUUGUGUAUGCAAUUCAUUGAUAGUUUACGAGGGAGAGCUAAGCAGUUGGUUUUCCUGAGAGCUGCGUGAAGGUGCGAAGGAACCGGUGUACCUGGAUGUUACAAAUUAAGCGAACGCCGCGGCGUAUCCGUUGAUCUUGCGGACGUGCAGAUCAGGCAAAGGCAGAUUUUUAAUUGGACCUUAAACAACGAACGAAAGUUCAAACGGUGUUCCCGGUCGGUUGGCGUUCUAAGAUGAACAUCAACUGCUGACACACAUCGUCUGUACGGGGCGUUGAGACUUGCUAUGACAUAGAACUGUCUCUGACGACGACGACGACGACGACGACGACUACAACGACGACAGCGGUGAGAGAUACGGCGCGAAAGAUCGACAACAGGUGAUGUCAACGUCAGAAGACCGGCGCAGUAAUUUAAUUAAAUCCCAGUACGACGCUAUCACGUCGGGCUCGGCGAUUGAACUGCUGACGGUUGCGGCCACGGAACGCCAUGGUCUUUGCGAGGCAGUGGAGCAAGAUGGUAGUGCGAACGAAAAUAGCCAUCACAUUAGCGGCGGAACGCGGAACGAAGACCAGAGUAAAACUGUAAAUGCGCGACGACGGUGGAAGUUGUUGGCCAAGGCACUGCGGCACGACUCUAGUGAGGAUGAUCAGUUUGCGAAGUUUAACUUGAUCGAGUUUGAUCGAGCAUACGACGAGAAGGAUGAAAAUAUAUUCGUCUACAGGUUGGCCGAUCGGUACCGGUUGAAGAUUCGGCUGAUCGGUGAACGACCUUGGACAGCAUCGGAGCUGAUUGGAUUCAACAAUACGGGGAACAUUUGUGUGUGGCCUUCCGAAGAGGCCUUGGCCUACUACAUUCUGUCACGAUUGAAUAUUUUUGAAAACACUAAUGUUCUGGAGUUGGGUGGUGGAAUGACCUGUCUCGCAGGGCUUGUCUUGGCCAAAUAUGGCAAUCCGUCUUUUGUCCACGUUACCGAUGGAAACGAUCUAUCGGUCGAGAACGUUAGAAAAUCGCUGAACAUGAACAAGUUCAAUAGCACAAUUAAAACCUCCGUCCUGAAAUGGGAAUCGGUUUGCCUCGAUCAAUACGCUAAAUAUUCCGAUCGUGCCCGGUACCAGUUCAUCCUUUCGGCGGACUGUCUCUUCUUCGACGAGUCUCGUUCGCACCUAAUCGAUGCCAUCUGGUUGUUUCUGGCAGAUGAAGGAGUGGCUCUCAUAACGGCUCCCCGCCGGGGUCACACCCUAACACACUUUCUCGACGAAUGCGUCGCCCGCGGCUUCUACUACGAUCUGCUGCACUGCUACAACGAGGCAAUCUGGGACAAACAUCUGGAGCUGAUCAAAACCGACGGGUACGAUGAAAACAUCCACUAUCCGUUGUUGAUAAAAAUGUACAAAAAAGAUUACGAUUUACGGCAUAUCUGAUUGCGGUUGUUAAUUCCACGCGAAAAUGUUUAGGGCAUAUGGGAGCCAUAUGGGAGCCAAGUGGUAUUGGUGAUCUCACUGCACACAAGUGGUAGAAAUUCUAGGAUCGUAAAAAUAAACCGAAUGCGCUUACGUACUUUGCAACUUUGCAGAUAGGUGUUCUAGUCAAUUAUGAUGGUUCUAUAAACGCUAGAGCGAGCGUUACGUUGAUUAUUGAUAGGAUUAGCUAGGAUUUAGGAAUAAAUUAGAAAUCUCGUAGACACCAGGAAGAAGAAACGCGUUGAACCGUUAUGAGAGGAUAUUCCCACAGACUGACCUUUCCCGUUGUUUUGUAAGUGUAGAUUUGUAUGCAGUUUGGAAGCAUGGGUCGGUUUUGUAAGGUUGUUGAAAGGUAAGAAUAAGUUUCGGAAAACGUCGUUUCUAUAUGGCCGGAUAUCGGUUUAGCAAAGUUUACAUAAUUUUGAAAAAAAAAUAAA